GAUUCUCUCAGCUUGGAGCAGUUCCUUUCUUACUUAGAGAGAGAGAACCAACCAAGCUGAUAAUUCAUAUUCAUAUUCUUCAUCCCAAUUCUGUCUUGUCUUCCUAACAACAAAAAUGCUGUCUCUCUCGCCGUCUUCUAAUGGCUAUACACGUCUUCACUCCCUUACCAAAAUAUCCACAUCCCCCACUCCCACCUACCGUCUUUCUCCGACUCGACUCACCCCAACUCGCUGUGUCUACAAGUUUGACUCGCCCAGCAACGUCAACGCCACUCCUUCUACCGGAUUCAACUUCUCCGCCGGCCUCGUCUCCGGUCGAGCCGAAUGGCAGAGCACUUGCUCCAUACUAGCCAGCAAGGUAGUUUCUCAACAACAGGACACCGAGAAGAGCAGCGGCGCCGACGUCGCCAAUAUCAACGGCCAUCAAACACUAGAUCUCGUCCCAAUCGACAAGAAUAACAAACUCCCACUCCCUAAGGCUCUCACCGUUGCAGACUUAUCUCCGGCGCCUUUGCACGGAUCCAAUCUCCGAGUCGCUUAUCAAGGUGUUCCUGGAGCCUAUAGUGAAGCCGCCGCAGGCAAGGCCUAUCCGAACUGCGAAGCCAUUCCUUGUGAUCAAUUCGAAGUUGCUUUCCAAGCCGUCGAGCUCUGGAUUGCCGAUCGCGCCGUCUUACCUGUAGAAAACUCCCUCGGCGGCAGCAUUCAUCGGAAUUACGACCUCCUUCUCCGUCACAGGUUACACAUAGUCGGUGAAGUUCAGCUUCCCGUUCAUCACUGCUUAUUAGCACUCCCUGGAGUUCGAAAGGAAUACCUAACACGAGUAAUUAGCCAUCCACAAGCCCUAUCACAAUGCGAACACACACUCACCAAAUUAAACCUAAACGUCGCGCGUGAGGCCGUCGACGAUACAGCAGGUGCGGCGGAAUACGUAGCUGCGAAUGGACUACGGAAUACGGCCGCAAUCGCCUCGGCUCGCGCGGCGGAGCUGUAUGGAUUGGAGAUCCUGGAAGACGGAAUACAAGACGAUUCAGGAAAUGUUACUCGAUUCGUGAUGCUAGCGCGUGAACCGAUAAUUCCACGAACAGAUCGGCCGUUCAAGACGAGUAUUGUGUUCGCGCAUGAUAAAGGAACUUCGGUACUGUUCAAGGUUCUAUCGGCAUUUGCUUUUCGGAAUAUAAGUUUGACGAAAAUAGAGAGCAGGCCGCAUCGGAAUCGGCCGAUCAGGUUCGUGGACGACGGGAGCGUUGGGACGGCGAAGCAUUUUGAGUACAUGUUCUAUGUUGACUUUGAAGCAUCAAUGGCGGAAAUUAGGGCACAGAAUGCACUUGCAGAGGUGCAAGAAUUUACAUCUUUCUUAAGAGUAUUGGGCAGUUAUCCUGUGGAUAUGACUCCAUGGUGUCCCCCCGCUGGAGGAGCUGGAGAUUAACGGAGAGGAUUUUCUCGAUAAAUAAAAUUAAAUAUAUAUAAAAUAAAUGAUGAUUUGUGAGUAAUUUGGAAUUUUACCAUCCUUUUUAUUAUUGCGUCUUUUCCAUUUAUAUCCUCCACUUAGUUUGGAAAAUUCUUAAACUAACGGUAGGGUUAAAAAUGGAAAGUCCAGAUCAAAUGUAAUUUCUAUAACAUUGUUAAUAUUAUUAGAACUAUCUAUUGUGUUA